AUGUACGAAGAUUCUUGGUACAGCUUUGUACCAGAAUUUCAACAACGUCAACCAGCUUCAGGGACCCAAACUAGCGGCCAUCGGCGCAAGCAAUCGUUAUUGCAGCGCCCAAAUGACACUAUAGGCGACACCGAUGCCGCAGAACCCCUUCCCGCCCUUUUCGAAGACCAAGAAGAUGCCAAUUCACCUCCAGAACCGACUCUGUCCCGGAGAGCCAAAUCCUACUCGGAUUUCUACGAUAUCGUAAAGGCUCAGCUAUCCAGCCAUGCGCCCAGGAAGAAGAGGAAGAGGAGGCGGGACGGCCAAAGCUGGGAGGCAUUGGCCGUUCCGGAAUCUGUGACGGCGAGGUUACCAGAGGAAGAGGAGGGGUACGACGAUGCCCUGGGAAAGGAGCUGCUGCGGGCAAGCCAGCAGGAAUACCUGUUAUACUACGACGAACUCGCCAUGACCGAGCGCCACCUAGGCACCCUGAUCGCUGACGCAGACACGGCACUCAAAGUCCUCGAAUCACUCUGCCAGUCGUUCCGCGCUGUCGACGACCAGACAAGCUCCUUCCAGGCCCAAUGCGACGGCCUCCUAACAGAGAAGAAUCGCCUUGAAGCGCUAGCCGAGGAUGUCGGUACAGACCUUCAAUACUACACGUACAUUGACUCGGCCACCCGCCGCCUCAACGCGCCUGGGGCAGGACGUCUAGUCGAGGGAGGAAGCUUCGCCGAAAUCCUGGCGACCCUGGACUCAUGCCAUUCCUACCGGGACGCCGAGUCUUACCUCGCGCGGUACCAAGCGCUGCUCACAAAAGCACUGCACUUGCUCGAGGUGGCCUUUGUUAAUCACCUAAACAAGGUAUCUGCCGAGAUAUCUAAGCAGGUCGCGGCAACCCAGUCCGAGUCCGCCCGCCACGCCCUUGCGUACGGCCGUUUCGAGGAGAUGGUGCUUGAGUCGUACUCGUUGGUCCCAAACGUCCAAGCCGUGGUUCAGAGCGCCUACGGACAGGACGGCCAGCCAUCCCCGGGGCUCAGCGCUGACAUCUAUGCUAAUACUGCAAACAACUUGUUUCACUCGUACUGGGCUGCCAGGGAGCGGGAUCUGAAGCCUAUCAUCCAGCAUGACCUUGACGUCUUCCGGGCCGAAGCGAAAGAAUCAAUAGAUACAGCAUCCAGGAACUUUGUGAAACAGUGUUUUGAGCGCUCUGACGCCGAAGCCUUACUAUUUCGGAGCAUCUUUUCGAUUGACGCCCAUUACUCGACAGACCCGCAGUCCGCAUUCGCGGUUCUCAAGGCACAACGGACUGUGCUAACCGGGGCGAAUAUCGCGCCCAUCUCCACAAACCUGCAGUCGGUUCUUCAGUCCAGCGAUCUCCGAACGGUCUGCAACCUCGUGGGAUGGAUUACCAACGAAUACCUGCUUCCCGAGUACGACGAGGACGAAACGCCGUUUGUGGGACGUUGCCGGGAGCUGGCCGCGAGGCUGCUCGCCGAGCACCUCUGGACCUUCACCGACGCCUUCUUUGAAGCCGAGAUCGUCAAGUCAAUAUCUAGAGCCGUUGUUCCGCCGGAAGCACUCAAGAUUGGGCCGGUCAGCAACGGCGACAUUGCCUCCAACGCCUUCCCCCCUAUCAAGCGAGCCUUGGAACUCCUCGCCAUGUUUGACCAAUCAAUGCCGAAGGAGCGAUGUCAACGCGACAGCCCAGUAAUCUUCAAAAUCAUCAAAGAAUCCAUCGCCGCCCUGCAGCGCGCCGAAGGCCGCCUCAAAUCCAGCCCCGCCAAACCCGCCGCCGGGACCGCCGCCGCCACUGACCCGGACCUCUUCAUGAUCAAGAACCUGCUCACCCUCAAGAACGAGCUCGUCACCCUCGAGAUCGGCGACAUCCGCAGCGGUGGCGGCCCGGCCUUCACCCAGAUCUGGGACACCCUCCGCCCGCAGAACCUGCUCGGCGGGCUGCUCAGCAGCUUCGGCACCCUGAGCACCUACAUCCCCGGCUCGUCGCUGUGGUCGUCGUCCCGCAGCGGCGCGAGCACGCCUGUCGUCGCGGGGGGCACGCCUGCUCUUGGCGCGGGCGGGGCUGCCGCAGCGGCGCCGGUUGACGAUGCGAGUGAGCAAUUGGAUGGGUUGCUCAGGCAGAGUAUUGUGGGGUUUACGAGGCGGUGGGCGGGGGUGUUGAACGAGGCGCGCGGGGUUGGGGGAGGGAAUGCGCAGAAGCUGGGGGGAAAGAAUGUGGGCAAGCUGGAGAGGGAGCUGGACGAGAUGCUGGAGCGGGCGUUUGGCGGGCAGCCUGAGGUGGUGGAGAAGCUGAAGGAGGCCAUCCAGAUUGAGUCGCAGGCGCAGGUGCAGGCGGCGGGGGAGAAGAGGAGCUAUGUGACGCGGGUAGUAGAGCGGGAGAGGCUCAUCGCAACGCUAGCCCCCCGGUCAUUCCUUUUCUUCAUCGUCGCCGACGUGGGCGUACCGGGACCCUCGGGCUCCCACCGCCCCCUCGCCAUCACCUACCGCCAGGGCCGCGGCCACGGUCCCGGGCGCUACAUCGAGAACGAAUGGCGGCGCGUCCGCCAGGUCGUGCGGGACUGCGCGCGCGCCGUUGACUUGCUGACCAACCCGGCCAACCGCGCCGCCAUCGAGGCCGAGCUGGCCCUGGCGGCGGCUGCCGAGCACCCGGGCCGCUUGGGAGCCGCCGCGGGGGUGCCGCUACGGCGCGUGGUGCGGGUGCAUGUGCCGGAUCUGCCGCAGCCGAGCUUGGCUGACUGCAUGUUUUGGGGUGGUCACCCGCCCCCUCCGGGGGACCCGGAGCAGGCUCCGCCGCCUGGGUCGCCGCCAUGGGUGGACGCGGGCGCUAUUCGGGAGUUUCCUUUUAUUUGUUCGUGUCUGCGCGCGGCCUUGACCUGGUUGGAUGAUGAUGAUGAUGGGUGCGGAGCUCGACCUGACGACGUUCAGGAACGCCCGCUGGCGACCGUGUUUCGUGAUGAUGUGCUCGAGUACGGCGCUGUUGUCAUUGACAUAUCCGACUUGGAUACCGUGCGGUACGGCAUUGUCGGGUCCAGAAUCCACUACGUCGCCUCUGUGGAUUCUGGGGUCGGCGAAGGCUGGGGCUGGGAUCGCGUGGAGAGCAAAUACGAAGGCCCACCGCCGGAGCUCUAUCUCGACAAUUCUGAUGCGGGGCUGCCGCUCUCCGCGGCAGCGUAUAUGGCCAAGUUCGAGCUGGACGAGCCGUUGGAUGGUGGUGUUGAGUGGCUGGAGAAACACGCCAUCGUCGAACCCCGUGCUCUUAGCUAUAUUUGGCCACCCUCCUCUAGAAGGAGCAGCAGCGACGGCAGCCUCCCCGCGCUUCCCGUUCGCAACGGUGAUGCCGCCGUCGAGGAGGCAGUCUUUGCGUGUCUCGGUGCAGAGACAAUCGAUCUCGAGGCUCACCGCCGCUCCCUCGCCCUACCCGGCUUCCAGAGCCGUCUCCGAGAGCGUCUUCUUGAAGAUCCGGACAAGAUGGGCCCUUCCGACACAUCGGCGCAGCUUCUUCGCCUUGCUUACGCCGGAUGCCGGCACCUGAACUGGGCAGCCUACCGGAACUUAUCGUACGAGCAUGUCGCCACCACCCUAGACUCGGCGCAAUUUAGCAACGCGCAGGCCUUGAGCAUCUGCAUCGAUGCUAUGGACGACUCCCCUACGCCGCUGCUCGAGACCCUUGCCCGGCACGAGACAAUCCGCGACAUAUCCUUUCUCCAGGGUCCCUCUCGUACCAACGACGACAAGUCGUCGGCUGUGUUCGCGCAGGUAUGCGCGUCCCCAUUCGCCUCGGCCCUCCUCGGAUCCAGGAAUAUAUUCGUCACCGCCGCCUUCUCCGCGCCGCUUCGACGUGCUUUCUGGCUUCGAGACCCCCACACAGGCGCCCGGCUGGACUCUCCUGCCCUACGCAGCGCAUUCCCGGUGCAGCAUAUGUUUGUCCGCAAGCAGUUUGUGCCUACCGAGGAGGUGGAAGAACAAGAUGUCAUGGACUAUGACGAAGAAGAAGAUGAGGAGGAGGAAGACGAGGAGGAAGAGGAGGAAGGGAAAGAGGAGGACGUGACAUUCUGGCCCUGCCACUUCUUCCUCGGCGAUAUGCUCCUCAACCCAGAACGUUUCGCGUCAGGGUUUCUGCAGUACUGUCGCCGGGUCAUCGAAGACACUUCUUUGACUAGCUUCGCGGUGACGGCACCCACCCUGUCGGCUCCGCGCACGGAAAAUUGUUCCAUCAGCCCGAUGCCCGCCGAGAACCUGGCUAUUCCUAGACAGCGCAGCAGCAGUAGCAGCAGCAGAAGCUUAGCUUCCUCCUCCCCAGCAGCCACAGCAGCCACAGCAGCCACAGCAGACCCAAGUCCGGGACCGGCGAAGAAUGCUGAGUGCUGGCCGCUGUUCGGCCCUCUCGACCCCGGCAGCUGGGUUAUUGUUGUCUCGCACGAGUGGCACACAACUCGAAAAACGAGAAGAACCCGCCGCCAAUUCCUCAGCUGGGGGUACCCGGGGGACUCGCUGAUAGGCGUGCCCGUCGUGCGGUACGCCUUCCUCCGGGCGCGGCGGCGUAUCACCCUUCCUGACGAUACAACAGCAGCAGCUAUCACUACUCUGGAGCAGCUGGCCGGGGCCGACUUUGUGGGUGUUGUGGGCGGGGUCGAGGCGUUUUUGCGGGAAACGGCCGCAGCAGACGGGGUGGAUAUGGACAGCCUGCUGCGUGUGGCCAGGGAGCGCGUGGGAGAAACGGCUGGGAUGCUGCGCGCCAGGUGGAGGCCGGGAGAGUGGCCUAACGAAGGCCUGCCUGCGGAUAUGGACCUUCUCACCGUGUUGGACGAUUCCGCGGCGCGGGCCGUCUUUCGCGACUUCCUGGCGGACGCGGCACAUGUGAAGGGGAACCUGGCGAUGGCGAUGGCUCCCCGGACCCGGCCAGAUGAUAAUGGGCCGGAUUGGUAUCCGGCGCUGGCAGCAGCCGCGCCGGUGCCGAGGAAUGAAGCGGUUUUCCGGUCGUUGGACGAGAAGGACGCUGCCAUCGCUGAUGGUGCGAACCCCCUCGGAAUCCACCGUCGAUUAACCCCUCCAGUGGUCACGUAUACGCCCAACAAGCCGACAGAGGGAAAGAGUUCCAGCUGGAUUUAUGGGCCGCCGGUAAUCACGCCACUCAGGUGGAGGUCCUAUAGCUGA